AUCGAAAAGAGAAAUGUCUCUGAUGCAAGAAUCGGGGCGCAAGAUUGGCAGCCCCAUAUUCAAGAGGAGUCCAGAUAUGACUAAAGCCUGGGGCACAAAGUCAGAGCAGCUGCUGAGGAUAGACGACCACGACUUUACGAUGCGACCGGGAUUUGGAGGCCCUGCAGUCCCAGUUGGAGUGGACGUGCAGGUUGAAAGUCUGGAUGCAAUUUCAGAGGUUGAUAUGGACUUCACAAUGACCCUGUACCUGAGACACUACUGGAAAGAUGAACGCCUGUCCUUCAGAAGCAAUAAAAACCAGAGCAUGACUUUUGAUGGCCGACUGGUGAAGAAAAUCUGGGUACCCGACAUGUUUUUUGUCCACUCAAAGAAGUCCUUCACACAUGACACCACGACUGACAAUGUGAUGCUGCGAGUUUACCCCGAUGGCAAAGUCCUGUACAGCCUCAGAGUGACGGUCACAUCCAUGUGCAGCAUGGACCUGAGUCGCUUUCCUCUUGAUACGCAAACAUGCUCUUUGGAGAUAGAGAGCUAUGCGUAUACAGAUGAUGACCUGAUGCUAUACUGGAAAGAAGGGAACCGCUCACUGAACACAGACGAGAGAAUUUCUCUCUCCCAGUUCCUCAUCCAGGAGUUCCACACCACCAGCAGGCUGGCCUUCUACAGCAGCACAGGCUGGUACAACCGUCUGUACAUCAACUUCACUCUGCGGCGUCACAUCUUCUUCUUCCUGCUGCAGACCUACUUCCCCGCCACUCUGAUGGUCAUGCUGUCCUGGGUGUCCUUCUGGAUCGACCGCAGGGCCGUCCCUGCCAGAGUACCGCUGGGUAUAACCACGGUGCUCACCAUGUCCACCAUCAUCACUGGAGUCAACGCCUCCAUGCCCAGGGUCUCCUACAUCAAAGCUGUGGACAUUUACCUCUGGGUCAGCUUUGUCUUUGUCUUCCUGUCUGUGAUAGAGUACGCUGCGGUCAACUACCUGUCCACACUACAAGAGCGUAAGGAGAGAAAACUCAGAGAGAGGCUGCUGUGUACGUGUGGGAUGUCCCACCCUGGCAUGAUGUCUGUGAGCUACAGUGAGAUGGAUGUCAACACCACAGGGAACUAUGGCAUCCCGGAGGAGAACGGGGUGAAACGGGAGAGGAUGCUGGUGCAGCUGGCGAUGGGGACCGACCAGGUCACCGGCCAUGUCAACUCUGGCAGCUACAGCGACGCGUGGAUCGACACGCACGUCAUCGACAAGUACUCCCGGGUCAUUUUUCCUGGAUCUUACAUCCUCUUCAACAUUAUCUACUGGUCCAUCUACUCCUAACACAGAGCGAAGGCAAACAGACCUACGUCUCCUGGAGAAAAGACACGUGCACUGUACGCGCACGUCAAGGCGUUUGUGAGAAACGGAACAGAAAAGUUGGACAGAGAGACCAGACGUGGCCCCAAGGUGGACGUGAAGCAGUCUAACAGGACCAAGUGAAGCUGAACCUUUAGUCAGCUAAUCAAGACAACAACAAUAAUCCAAUGUGGCUUCAUCACAGUGCAGGGUGUGUCCCACGAUGACCAGGGACCAGCCAUGGUUGGGGAACUUGAAUU